UGUCUACCAACGGCUGGGCGUGGCUUGACCUGUCGUCACGUUGCGCGUGGAAGAGGCAACCAAGCGCCGCGCGACACGCGUCUGGACUUGACUCGCGCUUGCAGUUGCCACCUUGAUGACAAUCGCUGGGGGAAGCAGCAACAGCAGCAAGCAACAACAGCGGCUAACGUUAGAGGGGUGUGGUUGGGAUGAGUUGCGGUUCGGGUCCUCCGUUUUGAUUUUGCUGGGAGGGGAGGGGCGGUUCUUGAGUUGUUUAUGAAGUUGAUUCCAGUUUUGUUUAAAGUGAACGGUUGGCCAACCACUACCGCGGUGGUGGUGGUGGUAGUGCAGUUUAGUGGGUAACAGGCGAUGGUGGUGGAAUUGUGGUGCAGUUAAGUGGCGUAAAGGUACGGAUAUUAAGUGCUUGUUGAGCCCAUUCGUAGCUGCAGGUGGUUUGUGGUGGAACACGUGUGCGAGUGAACGCUUUUGGAUGAUGGUCGGCGCAACUGGCGUUGUGUGUCGCCUUUGCUUUGUGAUUGGGUAUCGUGGCUUGUAGUGGGAUUGUACACUCUGUUUGGAAUGGCACAGUAAUGAUCGAUUCGUCUUUGCACUUAGUGUGUUGUUGAUUGUGAUAGUUGCCAUCGUUUUGCGCGAAGCAGUUGUACAGUGUUGGGUUAUGCACAUCACUUGUGGUUGCUCUUGUUUGGAGGCGUUUGGGGGAUAGUGUUUGGUAGCUGGUUAGAGUUUGAUAAUCGUUGGUUUUCUUGUAGUGAAAAUUGGUGCUUUAAAAAAAAAUCUGCCAUUGGUGCUUUCACGUUUUGAUAGGUGCUAUAGUUAGCGGUGUUUGUGGAGUGCCACCACCACCACCAUCCGCCUUGUUUUACCCUCCCCCCUUGUUAUGAGCAAGUGAAUAAGUGUCCAUGGGAGCCCUGUGUGUAUGGGCCCUGCUGCUGCUGCUACUGCUACUCCCACCACCACCGCCGCUGGUGUUCGCCUAUGGGCCGGAUGAAGAGCUGGGGCAGGAGCCGGACGACUCGGGCCGCGGUGGAGUUGGGAUCCUCGCUGGGGGCGGCAAGACGCCGAGCUCCAGCUCGUUGGUGAUCAUCAGCACACUGGACGGGCAGCUGACGGCCCUGGAUGCGGAGAGUGGCGGUGCGCUGCGCUGGCGUCUCGAUGCCGGUGCCGGCUCCUUGCUCGCAUCGAGCAUCAGCACCAACCAGGAUUUCCGCAAUGGGCAGCUCAUCAUCCCGUCGCUGGACGGUAGUUUGUUCCAGUGGGACGGCGACAGCAUGAAGGCGCUGCCCUUCACCGUGGAGUCUCUGCUCGACUCGUCAUCCCGUCUCGGUGACGAUGUCGUGCUCAUGGGCGGCAAGGCCAUCAGCACCUACGGCAUCCUGGCUGACACGGGCAAGUUGAAGUACAGCUGCACGUCGGCCGGCUGCCGCCCGUGGAAGGAGGACGAUCAGGUGGAUGCGGACGACCUCGUGUUGGUGCAGCGCGUGCAGAAGACUGUGCGUGCCGUCGCCCCACGCAGUGGCGCCGAGAAGUGGAAUUUCAGCGUGGGACAGUACGACAUCAUGUUCUACCGUGGCAACGAGGGGAACUUCCAGAAGGAGGAGGACAAGAGCCCUGACCCAGAGAAGCUGCUGCAGACCAUGGACGUGGCCCUCAAGGUGUCUGUGCCGGAUGGCAAGGUGCUGGCCUUCCGCAAGGCGGGUGCCCGCGAGGUGGUCUGGGAGCACAAGUUUUCAAGUCCCGUGGCGGCAGCGUGGCUUCUUAAAGAUGGCCAGGUGCUGCCCGUCAGUCUUUUCGACCGUGAGGUGGUGCCGGCUCUGGAGCCUGACGAGCGUGAGGAGGACGAGGAGGAUGAUGAGGAAGAGGACAUGGUGGAGGCAGCACGUGGCGUGGCCGAACCCAGCGUCUACCUUGGCAUGUACAGGGGACAGAUGUACAUCCAGUCUUCACUGACCAUGGCACAGAAGAUAGCACAGGUGGCCCAGAAGCACGCAUGGGACGGAGACCGCAACUCCAACGCUGUCAUCUCUGUGCCUAGGGUCAAGUGGAAACCAAUGCUGGCCACGGCCCCGUCCCUGACCCCCGCCAACGUGCCUUUUAACGAGCUGGAGCGACGCAUGAACGGGGGCGUUGCCGACCCGAGUGGCGAGUCGGCAGCUGGUGCCCUCUCAGUCAUCACCUCGUCCAAUAGGGGCGCUGUGGGAUUGCGUUUAGUUUUCACCACUGGAUAUGACGGCUUCUACUUCCUGCACACUUACGAGGCCAUGGACCAGGGAGCGGCAGCGGGACUGGUGGCUGACGGUCCCGACCCUGUGCCGGGCCGCGGUGUGCUGCGUCCGCCGCCCGCCCUCAUCGACUUCGAGGUGAAGCCGGAGCCGCCCGAGGCGUCGCUCCGUUCCAUGGAGGUCCUCGCCUCGUUGGUGCUCACCGUCGUGCUGGCUACCUGCGUCAUUAUCGUUUACUUCCGGAAUUCGCUUUCCACUAUCAGACGGAAACGUCAGUCGUCGGAGAGCGAGGCGCAGACCGACAGCGUGUGUGACAUCCUGACAAAGCAGCCAAACCACCCAGCCCAAGCGGAAGACAAUCUUACCACCUACGUCAGCAGGUACCUCACCGACUUCGAGCACGUGCAGUGCCUGGGGCGCGGAGGGUUCGGCGUCGUUUUCGAGGCCCGGAACAAAGUCGACGAUUGCCACUAUGCCAUCAAGAGGAUCCGCUUGCCCAACCGGAUACAAGCACGUGAGAAGGUGAUGCGUGAGGUGAAGGCUCUGGCAAAGCUGGAACACCAGGGCGUAGUUCGCUACUUCAACGCGUGGCUUGAGAUGCCGCCACAGGACUGGCAGGAGGAGAAGGACAAGCAGUGGAUCAGUGACUGCAGCAGUGAAUGGGUGCUCAGUUCUCAAAGCCCGGUGGAAUCGGAGAAGUUCCCUUCCCAUCUGCCACUGAGGCCCAUGCCACGGGAGAGCACUACCCUGUCGCGCUCGUGGAGUGAUUUCGACUUGCCUUCCAUCUCCUUCCUCGUUAACUCAUCAGCGGUCGACACGCAGGGCUCUCUGCUGUCCUCCGACCUCUCGUUCAUCACUGAGAAGUCGCCCGAACCACGAGAGUGCCAGGACGACAGCCUCCUCACAGAGUGCGAGGAGUCCGGGCCCACAUCGCAGGAUACGAGCCUUGUGAGGGGUGCGCAGCACACGGACGACUCGCUGGACAUUGUAUUUGAGGACUCGGGGUGCGGGGAGAAGUCCAGCAGGAAGAUGAAUUCUGGUGCAGCGGGGAACCCAGAGGAGUCCCACAUGCACAGCACCUCCACAGAUAGCUCUUCGACAGACUCCAACAAAGCGGCGACUCCUCCGGUCGAAACCGCGAGCACCAGCACAAGCUCCACGGCCACCCAGCCCAACAGGCCUACGUCGCUAUUGCUGAACGAAACGCACACGGCGCCGAUGCCGGCGAGGACGCACGUGGACGCGAGCACGGAGACAGGGCCGGUACCCCGGCUCUUCCUUUACAUCCAGAUGCAGCUGUGCCGUAAGGACAGCCUCAAGGAGUGGCUCAACAGCAGGACAAAUGCCGCCGAUCGCAGCCGCGCUGAGUGCCUGACCAUCUUCCAGCAGAUCGUCAACGCCGUGCAGUUCCUGCACGUCUCCGGCCUCAUGCACCGUGACCUGAAGCCAUCAAACAUCUUUUUCUCGCUGGAUGGAGUUGUGAAGAUCGGAGAUUUUGGGUUGGUAACGGGCACGGAGCACGAGGAGGAAGGGGCGGUGCUGACUCCCAUGCCGGGUCAUAUUCACCACACUGGCCAGGUCGGCACCAAGCUCUACAUGAGCCCCGAGCAGCUUGCUGGCAGAGCAUACUCUCAUAAGGUGGACAUAUUUUCUUUGGGCCUCAUUCUGUUUGAGCUGCUGUGUCCUUUUGGCACACAAAUGGAAAGAAUCAAGACACUUUCUGCUGCCAGAAAUCGCAUAUUCCCUGAUCCUUUUGUGACGAGCAAUGUGGAUGAGCACCAGCUGGUUGAGAGGUUGCUGGCUCAAGACCCGUCACUCAGGCCAGAGGCGGAGGAGAUAGCCCAGGCUGCACUGUUUGCAGAACUCGACCCGCCCAUAAUCCCCGUCAAUCGCCAGCAUUCCCGAACACACAGCCUCUCCGGCAUAAGAUUACGUUCCAACUCAUUUUCUAGUACAUAAGCGCUUUUGGUUGUUCUAUGUUGACCUGGGGUUGGUUAGAUUUUGUACAUUGUGUAUAAUAAUACAAAUUCAUACAUGCAGAAUUUUGUCUGUGCUUUUUUCUGGUUACAUUGAGUUACAAAAAAAUCAAAUUAUCUUAAUGUUUCACUGCUUAGUUUCCUGAUAAAUGUUAACAUUUUACUUGAAUCUUUUGCUGUUAAUAGGCCAGGACCAUUUAUAAAUACUGGCAGCUUGUCUGUUUACAUUUUUCUUUAAAAUCUAUUUUUUCCAUCCAGUAUGUUACCAAAACGAAUACAUUACAUGCUCAUUAUGGAGACAUGUACAAUGAUACUAUUUUGUUCAAUGUUAACUUUUCUAAGGCUACCUUUCAGAACAACUUAACUCUAUGGAUACCUCUAAAUUAAUGGAAUGCUCCACUAAUUGUCACCACCUAUACUAAAUAAUAAAGUUUUAAGAAUAAAUAGGUGUGACAAGUGUACGAUGAAAGUAAACCAUUUUAUUUAGGGAUGAUAACCUGUACAUAUGGCAUAUCAUUUGGUUAAAGCUGCAGGAAAUAACAUACAAUAAUUUCUACAGCUCCAACUUUAUACCCAUUUCAAGACCUGACUUGUAAUUCAAAAUAGAUGUUCAUGCAUAACAGUUUUUCAGUCCAUAUGGCAAUAGCACAAAACGUCCUCUAAGCAUUGGCAAAUGUAAAUGGUCUAUGUAACACGGAGGUACUGUUAAAUAAAUGUCCAAUACAAUGCAAAAAAGUCGUGCAAAAUCCAAAGCGCAUAUAUUGAAGGAUGAGCUAGAAAUAAAUCACAUGGAGUUGCUGUUGUUGGUGAUGAAGUAUUUUCAAAGAAAAAAUGAACCGGCACAGCAAAUAAACAAAUUUAAGUAACUCUGAACAACAGUGCAUAACAGUUAAUAGGCACAGGGAAGCCUAAGAAUGAGGUAAUGGUUCCUCCAGGAACCACAACAUGGUGGUAACUUGAACAAAAAUGAAUGUAACAAGGUGUGAAUGAUUUAUGAAAGCAAGAACAAGGGCUUGUAUUCAACAAAGUAACGAAAACCAUUAAUAUUUUUUUAUUUUACAGUAUUGCAAUGUUUGACGUGCACAAACUGUAAAAAAAAAUCAAAUCAAUGGUUUGUAUAUUUUGGUCUGUCUUUUAAAUAUAAAGUUUUAAAUGUAAAUUUUUAUGAGUUAUAGGUUAAAUCCAGAGCAAUGUUCUUUUGUGAAACCUGUAAAUUAAAUUAUUUUAGGCUUUGGAUAUUCUUUUUGUGGUUGACAUUUUAAGUGCAAUAUUUUAUGGUGACCAAAAUACCAUGUUAUUUUUAAACCGAUUAAAAUAAAAUGUCCACGAAAAAUAUUUUUGUUGACACCAAAUGA